CUCGUGCGUCCUUCAGGGUUUUCCCUGCGACAAAAAACAUCGACUUGUUAAAAACUUAAGUAAACGAACACCAGUGAUAUACACAGUUCUCGCAUAAUUCAGAUGUAAGAACGUUCAAUCUGUCGCUGUAUGGAAAUUAAAAUUAAAAACUUUAACCCCAAACCCAAGAGUUCGCCAGAAGUUUUGAUAAAAGGAAGAUUAGGAUAUCAAAAAGCAGGGGGGGACAGAAUAUAAUGAGCCAUUGUUUAAUGGAUACUCUCAGGGAGGAAAACAGUUCACCUACAAUUGAAAGACAAACAAUGAACUUUCUUGCUAUGGAACAACAUCAUCAUCACCGACUGACUGUAGACAAUGAGAGGCAAAGUUCUCUACCAACUUCCAGAAGACCUUCUGCGAUACUUGCUGCUCUUAGAAGACCGUCACAAGCAUUCACACUUUCAGCUGUACAUGCCUUAAUGAACCAGAGAAGAAAUAUGCUAGGACUUUUCAACAAUCACGGCAAUAGUCAAAACACAGUAGUUGACAAUGAGAAAGAAGAAGCAAUAAUGAACAGACAACAAGGAAACGAUGCCCUGACAACCAUCCUAUCAGCUUUCUACGCUAAGCUGCUCGUCGUAUUGGGAAUGGCUUUUCCAAUUACCGAAAUUUUAUCGAAAGAAGUGACAACCUCGUUUUAUCAAGGGUUUUAUCUCUAUCUAUAUCUGGGAAGUAUAAGUUUUCUGAUCGUUAUCUACACCACGGUGGCGAAGGAGAAAGCUGUCAAUUCUCUUCUUAGUUCGUAUCAAAACAGCGCAAAUGUGGACAACUUUCCCGUGAGAAAAAAUUCAAAUCAUUCUAAGAGAUACGGCAGUUUCUAUCUACGUUUAGGAGCAAUUGCAUUUGGUAUAGGCAGUAUGGUAUAUUCAGGACUAGAGUUCGUGAGAUACUUUGAAGCAAAACACUACACCAAUUGUGAAACCAACGUUUUUCAAGCUAUUACUCCAGCAGCAAGAACUCUGUUAACACUUCUGCAGAUGCAAUUUAUUUUUUUGAGCAGCAAGGAUUUGGAAUUGAGGAAGAUAAAGAAGCUGGCCAGGUUUGGAUUGAUGCACAUGAUUGCAACUGAUUUAUGUGAAUGGUUGUAUGUUCUAGUUGAAGAGACUAAACAUGAGAUGAUACAUUUGGCAGAGCAAUAUAACGACACAGAGACCUUGAUGCACGAGAAAUUCUGCCAGGAAGAAUUGGUCAUGGGAUCUCUUGUUAUGAAUUCCAGUCCAUUUCUGUUUCCUUGCACUAUUGAAUAUAGUCUUAUAUGCGCAGUUAUACUCUUCGAAAUGUGGAAGAAAAUGAGAGCAUUUCUGCCAAAAAAUGCAGAUGGAAGAUCCACAGAAAAGAACAACCAACCAAAGGAACAGAACAUUUAUUUUUUCGAUCACAUAGGAGGUAGACCUGUGAAUACUGAAAAUCACAUAACCGUAGACUGCAGCAGCGCCCAUAAAGGUCUUUUUGCUGGUAUCAUGGUUAUCGUUUUCACCAUAAUUUCUCUCAUAAUGUUUUUCGUUCUCACGCAAGAUAAGGUUAACUCAGAGGAAAUUAAAAGGAGAAGACAUAUUUUAGCUCAGAUUGAAGUGAACACGAUGGAAUUAGUUCUUUACCUUAUCACCAUCUUGGCAACCAUUGCUGCUAUGAUUAGGAUGAGGACAAUGAAAUAUGAGAGGAAACUGAAGGCUGAAGGUCAGGCUGGAAUUGGGCUGGACAACACUCUGCUGGUUGUUGCUCAGACUGGAGUUUUCAUAUACAGCAUGUUCUCCAUAAUAGGCAAUUGCUUCACUUCAAGAGGCUCAAUAACAGUCAGUUUACUGGCUGAGAUAUUCUCCUUUAUUCAAACCAGCCUUCAGACGAUUUUUGUGCUUGAUUCUUGGUGGAGGAGGUGCAGCACAACAGAACAAUGCCAGGAGAAGCCUGGCAGGGAACUGAUAACAUUCCUGAUAGUUUCAAAUAUGGCACUGUGGACCAUCAAUAGUUUGGAAAAGAACAAAGCUGAAUUCAAUCCAGACCAAAUAGCGUUCUUCGGAGACUGGGCUUGGACUAUAAUAACGCACAUUUCAAUGCCUCUAGCUAUAUUCUAUAGGUUUCAUUCGACGAUCUGUCUUUUUGAAAUUUGGAAAAACGCUUAUAAACUAAAGUCGAAUUUGAAUCCUCCUAUGAUAACCAUAAAUUAGAUGCAGAUUUCCCUCUUUUGAGAAAAUACGAAAGUCUGAAGCAUGAACAGUGAGCAUCACUUGGUGGAUCUCAAACAUAAGUAGAUUGUUUUGAAAUUCAAGAAAUUUAUUAUUCAUUUGAUAUUGAUUAUUUUAUUAUGAAAUAAUUCGAGUGCUCUGUUGGCUCGGGACUAUAUUUGAAAGCAGAAGUAACCAUAAUCUUUGUUAUCAGAAAAUCAUUCUUAACAAAGGUAUUAGUCCACAAAUAUUUUUUUGAUGUGGUAUAGGUCAAUUUAGAAAAGACAUUGUCUAUAAAAACAUCAUGUUUGUUGAUUGAUUAAUUGUAUUAAUACAGAAAAUUGAUUUUAAUCCCUCAAACAUUUAUAAAAACAUGAAUAUAACCUCAUAGACUG